AUGUCCUAUCUCGCCGACCAACUCAAAGAAAAGGGCAACGCCGCCUUCCGCGCCGGAGACUUUUCCGCCGCCGAGGACCUCUACACCCAGGCGAUCCAAAAGUAUUCUCGGAAUAGUCUAAUCUUCACGAACCGCGCCAAUGUGCGGUUGAAGCUGCAGCAAUGGGAGGGGGCUGUGAAUGAUUGUUUGAAGAGUGUGGAGAUUACGGGCGGGGGCCAAAAUCAUAAGGCUUAUUAUUUUCUGGCACAGGCCCAACUCGCCUUACACCACCCAAAUGAAGCCCUCUCCUCCGCAUUAAUGGCCUACGAACAAGUCCGCAACCCAGCCCCGGCAGCCAAAACCUCCCCUCAAGACCUCCAAACCUUCUCCGCCUUCGUUCUCAAAUGCAAAAAGGCCAAAUUCUCCGCCCGCGACCGUGACCGCCUCCGUCGACAAGGCGACAUGCGUGCCGAACUCGAAGACACCCUCGAAUCCGCAAAACAGCGCGAACUCGACGCCAUCUCCAAACAAUUCCACGCCGGCGAACUAGGCCAAGUCGAAGCCACCGAACGCAUCGAAGAAGUGCAAACCACCUUCGGCACCAAAAUCGCCACUCUACGCUCCGUCUUUGAGGCCGCCGAUCCAGCCAACCACAAACCCCGCGAGAUCCCCGACCAUCUCAUCGAUAUGAUUACGUUCGAGCCCAUGGUUGACCCCGUCAUUACGAGGAAUGGACAUUCGUACGAGCGCGCGGUGAUUUAUGAGCAUUUGAAGCGCAGUCCGACGGAUCCGAUGACGAGGGAGGUGUUGCGGGUGGAGGAUUUGAGGAGCAAUUUUGGGCUCAAGGCGGCUUGUGAUGAGUUCUGGGAGAGCGGGGCGAGGGACUGGGUGCAUGAUUGGUAA